CUUGUUUAACAUUCCGCUCUUUUCGGUUUUCUUUUCCUUUUAUCACAGGUCAAGGUCGAGAAGAUGGCUUUAUCGGGAAGAAUUUUAGUUUAUGGUGGAAAGGGAGCAUUAGGAUCAGUUAUAGUGAAUUAUUUCAAGAAGGAAAACUAUUGGGUUGGCUCUAUUGACCUGGUACCUAAUGAGCAAGCUGAUGGUAAUGUGAUAGUGAAGCCCAAUGAGAGCUGGACAGAACAACAUGAAAGUAUCACACAGAAUGUUGAAACUUUACUUGGAGAAAAUAAAGUUGAUGCUAUUCUCUGUGUAGCUGGGGGAUGGGCCGGAGGCAAUGCUGCUAACAAAGAUUUUAUAAAGAAUGCAGAUAUGAUGUGGAAGCAGAGCGUAGUGUCAUCAUCAAUUGCUGCAAGUUUAGCAGCUAAAUUCCUUAAAGAGGGGGGACUACUCACACUGCCAGGUGCCCAGCCAGCUCUAGAGGGAACUGCAGGAAUGAUAGGGUAUGGUAUGGCAAAGGCAGCAAUUCAUCAACUUGUGAAAAGUUUAGCAGCACCAAAUAGUGGCCUUCCAAAUAAUUCUACUGCAGUAGCUAUAUUGCCGGUAACCCUGGAUACACCAAUGAACAGAAAAUGGAUGCCAAAUGCUGACCAAACAACAUGGACCUCACUAGAAUUUAUUGCUGAAAUGUUUGCUAAGUGGACAAAGAAUGAAGAGAGGCCUGCAAGUGGAAGUCUUGUACAGUUGAUAACUAAAGACAGUAAAACAGAUCUUGUCUUAGCUUGAUAUACUUCAUUCAGGGCUGUGAUUGUUGUAAAAUGUGUAUUUUUAGAACUAACAGAUAUAUCUAUAGUCAAUAAUGCAGCAUUUACUGCCAGUAAUGGCACUGAGUUCAGAUUUUUAUACUUUAUAAAUGAUAACUAUUUGAGAUUGAAAGAAGUCUUUGGUUUAUUUUCUGUUGAUGUUUGAACAUGAUGCAUUCCAAAA